UUCAUCACCAUCAAAGAGAUGUUUCUUUCCAAACUGUUUCACAUCCCUGUUGAGGACCGAGCUUACCCUAAAGGAUGCGGCAUGUCAGCAGUUAGUCAAUUUUAUAGCUUUAUAAUACAGCAAACCCCCCCCCCCCUUUAAGGGUUUGUUUUGUAGCAGUGUAUUUUAACACUAAACAAAGUACAAUCAUAAAUGGCUGUAAUUUGAUAUUGAGCUUAUUGUUUUGGUGCUACUGAAACUGAACACUGACUGACGAACAACUCUAACUGAGUCUGUAAUGCGCAUAGAAUGAAUUUUUUGUUCUAGGUUGACUUUUCUGUGCAAAGAAUCUGCAACUUACACAGAUUUGAAACAGAGAAGGCAAUUACACAUUCCGCCUAAUUUAAAGCUGUAGUGGUCAGUUGUAAGUGUAGUCAGGAAAAGUACAACAAUGCUUUCCUAAGAAGAGAUGUAUCUUCUGGAAUACAAUGCGGUGCAGUCUGCUGAAAGACAGCCAGUGUUUUGAAGGAACAUAUCACCCCAGUGGUGGCUCGUAGCUUUCUUAUUUGGUGGGGCUAGUCACUAUAUUUAAUUCGUGGAAAUCGAAAUUUGAUUAAUCUUGCAUAUCAAACCCAAUAAGAUAUAAAAUAAAUUAUUACAGACUUUGGCUAACAGGCCUAAUACGAAUUCACUUUGAUAAACUUAUUGUAAAUAAACAACCAUUUUCUUUUUUUCAUGACGGAAAAAUGGUAAGACUGACCAUUCAGUUCUGAAAUGCUUCUCACCCCCAUCUCGGCCAAUAGUCUUUCAGAGAGUGGUGCAUGUCAUAAAAGUUCCGUUGCUUUGAGAAGUUAAUGACUCUAGAGGAGUUCCCCGUGCAGCUAUCUGAACUCUAGCCUGACUGAUACAGUGCAGUUCACACAUCUUGUAACAUGUUCCAUGUCUAAGGGGCUAGCCAGCCCAAGCCCAAUGGUUAAUGUUUUAUGCGUGACAUCCCCUCUACAUUUUACCACACUGUAACAGUUCUACCGCAGCAGGUUGAUUCCUAUAAAGUGACUCCAACUGGGCUUGGAGAUCCCAGCCCCAUGCUUCAUUCAGACUUGUCCAAUUCCCCACAAAAUCAUUACCAGGUACAUCUAAAGUACAAAUUAAAAUAUUACAAAAGGAAAUCAUUUGAUAACAUGAAGUUAUGAAAUUGUAGUGAAAUUUGAGGGGUGCUGAGCCCCAUCGGCCCCUAAGGAAGAACCGCCCUUUUAUCACCUCCAUCUUCAGGCCCAAAGAACAAGCCAAGCAAGAAGCCAGCAUGAAGCAUGGUGCAAGUAGAGCUGUGUAAAGCUCAAAUCCUAUAACCUUUCUUAUGGUUAAAAAAAUCAAAAUUUCCAUGAAAAAAUGAGAACCAGCAAUGUUUUGCCAAAGAUGGCUCAAAAAUGCAGAACAAACCAUAUGUAAGAUCUGUAUUAAUAGUUAUAAGCUGGAAGUUCAGGAUAGCUAAGAUGGCAUCCACAUUCAUGGCAGAAGUACUAGCAACUAAUGAAAAACCAGAUAUCGUCAGAAAAAUAGACCUUGAGCAAAACUGUGUGCUUUUCUGGGACUCAAAGUGUGCUAAAAGGAAUUAGUAAUACUUCUACAAAGAACAGCACAUCACACAUUGAAUGAAUGAGGGUUGGGCCAUAAUAAUCAGGCCCUUGCACCAUGGCCUUCAAUGAUCUACUGUGCUUCCCCUUUGAUCAACCCUUAUUAAUCCUACACUUUGACACAUCACACAUUACUCUAAUGCUUAAAGACAAAAUAGAAAGACUGGAAUCAUGAGAUAAAGAUCCAAAUUCUCUGAUUCCAGGGCACUGCAGAGCUGAAAUUAAUGAGAGAGCUGACUCAGAGGCAAAGUAAUCCAACAAAGAUUGCAUAGACAGUCAAAUACUAUUACCAGUGGCAGAUUUUAAAGCCAAGUGGAAAAAGUAAGGCAGAGAGGGGCUUCACGGUUACUGUCAAAACACCAAAAGGGGCAGAGCCAACAUGUGCAAGAAUUUGUAAGCAUCUACUUAGCUGAAUCAUGAUGGUGGUAAGCAUGUUGCCUGGCUACCAUCUGUUCAUUUAGUGAUCCGUGGACACUUCAUAUUUUUUGCCGGGCGCGAGGUAUGCAUUAUAGUUUGUUGUGGAAUUUGCUCAAUUAACGCAUGCAAAUGAAAACUUUGUAUAUUUGUAUUUGGAACUAACUUGUACACAUUGUAUUGUUUAAGUGUAAAUAUAGCAGUGACACAUUGAUAAACCGUGUCAUUGACCGCUAGUGUCCUUUGCUAAAAAUGAACAAAUAUAUAUAUUGUGUCGGAUAUUUUGGUGAAAACUGCAAGUGAUCUGCGGUACAAAGUAAACAUCAAAACUGUGUAGUUGAUGGGUACAUGAAAAUGUGACAAGAGUUUUAUCAUUUGAAGUUUGAUCCGGAUGUGUGCUGGUAAUGAACAAGGUUUCAUUCUGAAGUGUAGACUGCGGGAAGAGAACAUAAAUCGUCAUACGAAGUAAUCGACUUUGAAAUAUUUACCAAUAAUUGUUACCUGAACAUUAUAUGUCAAGGACGCGGAGAAUAUAAAGUGUGACGCAAUGUUAAUUUUUAGUUUGUACAGUCUAAUUUUAUAUUGCAAGAAUUGCAUGUGUUAUUGAAGCAAUCAUAGUGAAAGUGUUCAGGAGCACACCAUAAUUAGACUUUCAGUGCUUAUAACUAGAAGGCUGGAAAUGGCAUGCUGUAACUGGGUUAAGAAUAUUACUGUUGAACCAGUACUGUUGUUUUACAUGUUUGCUAUUUAUAUGCAGUAUGGAAUUUUUCAAGACUUGGUUUAUGAGAAAGUAUGCAGAACAACAUUCAAUGUCACAGUGUGUGAAAAUCUGCAUGAUUCUAGAUACUCUGCUUGUCUUGAUACAGUGCAGAAUGGUGCAUCAAUGUGGAUAUUAAGCUCAACUGUGUCGUUAGCUUUGCCUUCAAUAAUAUCAGCAAACUUCUUGGGUUCGUGGGGAGAUCGUUUUGGAAGGAAGCUUCCACUAGUGUUGCCAUCAAUAGGAGGUCUUCUUAGCACAUCUGUGUUUAUAUGGAUGUCACUGUACAAUUUAAGUGGCCCAGUAUGGCCAAUUAUAAUUGCAGGUGGUAUAUCAGGCAUAUUUGGAGGAUUUGUAAGUUGCAUCAUGGCAGUCACCAGCUAUGUAUCAAGUAUAUCUUCUCAAGGUAGCCGAACUGCUCGAGUGGCUCUUCUAGAAGCCAUGUCGUUUAUUGGAGGGACGUUUGGCCCAUUUGCAGGUGGCGGGUUGCUUUCAGUUUCAAGUCAUGCAGUUGUAUUUGGCUGCAUUUCCAUGAUUUAUGCGAUUAUAAUAGCAUAUGUGUUGUUGUUUGUACAUGACAUUGUGGGGACUGAAACAGACAGCCCAUAUUGCAGUCUUUUUCAUGUUAGAGAAUCAUUAACAACAUGCUUCAGGCCCAGGGAUGGUUACAAGAGAGCAUACUUGAUGUGUUUCUUAGCAUGCUGUCUGAUCAUCAUGACCAUUGUCACAGGUGAAUUGGACAUCACAUACCUCUACACUAAAGAUAAACCUUUGAAAUGGAAUUACCAAACCUUCAGUUACUAUUUUGGUUUGAAAUAUGCUUUGGGAUCUCUCACAUUAAUCUUAGGAUCUCCUGUAUUACAAUAUUUUAAAGUACCUGAUCAUGCAAUCUGCCUUGUUGGCAUUAUUUCCAAAGCAGCUGGCUUUGUGCUACUGGGAUUUAGCACAACAAGUACAAUGAUGUUUUCUGUUCCACUUUUGUCUAUGUUGAGUUCCUUUUGUAUACCUUCUCUUCGCUCGUUGCUGUCGAAACAAGUUGAGACUUGGGAAUUAGGUAAAAUGUAUGCAUUUGUUGCAACAGUGGAGAAUAUAUGUACCCUUCUUGGUUCUCUUGUAUUUAAUAGUCUAUAUCCAAUUAUGAGAGAGUAUCAGCAUGGAUUCAUUUUUCAGUUUGCAGCUAUGUUACAUAUUAUUCCAUUCAUUAUAAUGUGGUGGACUUUUCUGUCUAAAGAAUCUGCAAUUUAUACAAAUUUGAACCAGGGAACAUAGCUGCAAGUUCCUCUUAAUUUAAAGCUGUAGUCUUCAGUUGUGCAUGGUAACAGCUAAAUAAGCAGUAUCACAGCAAUGAUACACAUGAAACAAUAGAACUUUUUGAAGAAUGUUUUCUAUGUGGUCUGUGCCGAUGUUAUAUAAUGAGGCCCUCCAGCCAAGCCGUAGUUAUUCACAACCAGUGAGUGGCAAGUUUAGGACUGGCUGUGAGAAGGUAGCCAGCCUGUAACAUAAACACGAGAGGAGAAUAUUGAUUGCUGGGAGCUGUAACUGAGCAACAACUGAAAAGACAUAGCCAACAGAGAAGACUUAAAGAGUGUGCUUUAGUGAGAAGCAGUGUACAUGAAUUAGUAAGAGUCUUAUGUAGUUAUAAUUCUUAAGUGUUCAUUAAAUCCAAACCCCAAUCCUGGUCACUAAAAUGUGACAAUAUUAAAAAGAAUUGUGAUCAUAAUUAAACUGAUAGCAAAAAUCUUAAAAA